GUGCGAGCGGGGGCAGGGUUCUAAGGCGUGUUCUACAGACUGGUCCGCGCGCUUGACAACAUAAACAGUACGUGAAUUAGUGGAGAAGGAACAACUCGAAGUCUACUGCAUUUGGCUGAGAAAGAUUCAGUCAUGGUCAAAGGAGACGUGAACAAGCCCAAGGGCAAGACGUCUGCGUACGCCUUCUUCGUUGCAACAUGCAGGGACGAGCAUAAGAGGAAAACUCCGGAGAUUCCCGUCAACUUCUCCGAGUUCUCCAAGAAAUGUUCCGAACGGUGGAGGGCAUUAACAGCCCCAGACAAAAUUAGGUUUGAGGACAUGGCAAAGCAAGACAAGGUGCGAUACGACCGGGAGAUGGUUAACUAUGUACCCCCUAAAGGAAUGGGCAAGAGAGGCAAGAAGAAGAAGGACCCGAACGCGCCCAAACGACCCCCCUCUGCAUUCUUCAUCUUCUGCUCAGAGCAACGUCCUGGUCUGAAGGUUGAGUGCCCCAAUCUGACCAUUGGUGAGAUUGCCAAGAGGAUGGGCGAGUUGUGGGGCAAGCAGGGUGCCAAGGACCGUGUUCCGUAUGAACAGAAGGCCGUUAAGCUGAAGGAGAAGUAUGAGAAGGAAGUUGCAGCAUACCGUGCUAAGUCAGGCAUGGGCCCAGGAGCCAAGAGGGGUCCCGGUCGACCAGCACCGCCUAGCAUGAAACAAGUACUGCCUCAGGAUGAUGACGACGAGGACGAUGAUGAGGAAGACGACGACGAGGAUGACGACGAUGAUGAUGACGAGUAGAGCUCUAAUGUGUGUCUGGACCUGCGCAUAUUUGCCUGUCGCUAAAUUUGUGUGCCCUGAAACAGACGGCCUCAGGCUAGGGAUGUUUGUGUGUGCGCGUGUGAGUGUGACAAAAGCCCUGUACUGAGGUGUGUUUGUGUCGCGUGUUUGUGUGUGUAGCCAGUUUCAGCAAUAACACAGGCGGGAUAAGGAGUCUCCCUCUACUUUCGUUUUCUUUUCUUUUUUCCUUCAGUUUUCUUAUUUUUUUUAUCUGGAAUUAUUUGUAACAAACGUGUAGUAUGCAAUUUUUAUAAUAAAAUGGUUUUAAUUACUUUCA